AUGGGUGUUAUCUGCAGUAGACAAAGUGCAGUUGUCGCUCCAUUAUCUCUUGAUCAUACAGCGACUGCUAUUCCUGAAUCAAAUUCAAAAAGAGAUAACAAAGUUAAGAUUAUUUGGUUAGGAUCACAAAAUAUUUCUUGUUUGACUGAAUUACGUCGAAUAUAUAAUCAAGUAUAUGCUUUUGAUAAUCUUCAGAAUAGUAUUGAAAGCAUCAAGGUAUUAUCAGCUGAUGACAGUAAAAUCUUUUGCAUUGUUGAUGGUGAUUCUUACAAGAACAAGAAGUCGAAUACCACCAUUAAAAAACUUACCUCACUUAACUCUGUCCUGGCUCUUUAUAUUUAUGAUGAAAAUAAGAAUAUUCUUGAAAAUUAUUCUGGGGUUCGUACGCUGCCAAACAUGGAUCAUCUCAUUCAACAAAUCGUCAUGACUAUGGAUUAUUUGGGCGUUCUACCUUCUAUCAAUAAAUCUAUCGCAACAACAAUAAUUCUGGAUGGAGAAAAUAUUCGUUUAGAAGUACAUCAGAAUGCUAUUAACUUAUUGGUGAAUAUAGAAAAUGAGGUGAAAUGUAUGCUCGACAACACGCAAGUUGACAAUAAAUAUCAGAGAGAAUUAGUCGAUUGGAAAGUUGAAUUCAUUAUUUCAAAUAAAGUUCGAAACAUGAUGGAUACAUCCUUUGAUAGGCAAAUUGCUCUCUUGAAACCACGUACACGAAAACAUUUCAAUCUUUCGGAGAAUCGUCCAGAAGAAAUUCUGAGUAUUUCAAUGGUUGAUGAAAGUAAAGACAUAUUGCAUUGGCAAGCUGAAAUACGAGGUCCGAUGAAUACACCAUAUGAAAAUGGCGUUUUCAAACUUGAUUUACGUUUUUGUGAAGACUGUCCGUUCAAACCACCAUCUGUUAGAUUUAAAACAAAAGUAUUCCAUCCAAAUAUAAGCUCCAAUGGUGAAAUUUGUUUGGAUAUUCUUCGUGACCAGUGGACGCCAUCUUUAACUCUGGAAGUGGUUUUAAUAUCCAUUAUUUCACUAUUAUCGGAUCCAAACGCUGACGACUUCAUCGUACCAGAGGCUGCCUUUUUAUAUAGAGAAAAUCGAAAAGAUUACGACAUAAAAGCAAGAGAAUGGGUCAUACGAUAUGCUAUGACAGAGAGCUCGUUUACUGAAACACGGCAAAGUCCAGAUGCGACUUAUUUCAACUUAAACCACGAUAACGACACAGUGACUGAAGUGAAAUUAUUAUUCGAUAAAGUUAAUGAGAAUAACGCUCUCGAAAGUCAAACAAGUAAACGUUAUCGUCCUGAACGAUUUAAUUCUUUUGAACCAUUAUGUUCGAAAACAUUUGAAAUGGGAGAAUCAAAAGAGUCUCUAUCAAUUAUUGAUCGGUGCUUUUCGCUUGGAAAUCACCCUUUGCAAACAAACAGACCCUGGAACGAUGAUUUUUAUUCUAUCGUGAAAAAAUGGGAUUUUAACUAUGAAGUUAGUUUAGCCAUCAAGAGAUUACAUAUAAAUGCAUUUAAACAACAAAACGAAGACAAAUAUAAAAAAUUAGUCGAGACAUUAUUACCUGAAUUAUUAAAAAGAGAAGAAUUUGAACUUCAGAAUAAAGAGCAAUCUGAAAGAUUGUUCGAUAUUCUCUGGUCCAUUGUGUUACACAAGAAAGAAUUAAAACUUUGUACUGAAAGUGGAUCAAAAGAACUGUGCGAAGCCCCUGAUAUGCAAGUAUCAGAAAUUAAUGAGUUUGACUCAGAAGGUUUUUCUAAAUGGAGAAGUAAAAUAUUGCUAGAUGUGUUGCCACUUAUGGCGAACGACGGUAAAGCAUUUAAACGCGAAAAAGACGAAGAAUACAAAAAAUUAGUAGCUAAUUAUAUGCAAAUUAAGACAGGACGUAGAAUGAACACGUUCAGCAGGAGAGACUUUCUGACGGUCGGUGUAAAAUCGGAAGUGACAUUAUCGCCAAACAACGAAUUUUGGACGAAGAAUGAAUAUAAAGAACUGAUUUAUAAAUUAUCGUGGGCUCAGCAAAUGUUAGAAGGAGAUGAACUCGAAAAGAAACUGAAAUACCAAAUGUUGGUUACUGAAUUAUUGGAUAUCAUAUACCCAAUAACAACAAUACAACCUUGGACUAAAGAAACGUACAAUCAAUUCGUCGAUACAAUAUUACCCAAGCUAUUGGAGACAGAAGGAUUCAUAUACUGGCAAGAAAAAUGUGAAAAAAUGGUUGAUACAUUAACUCAAACCUUAGAGAUGGAAGGAAUUAAUGUAAUUCUAGAGAAACAAGAUUAUUCAAAGCUAGUUUCUGAAUUAAGGAAACUCAUAUCCAAAACUCCGGAAGAAAUUGGUAAAGGAUGUGUACAUAUUUAUACAGAGAACGGCGCUUUCUGUUCCCAAUUAAAUCAUUUUUUACGCGAACCAAAUGAAACAAUGAUCGAAGAGUUCGCAUCAUUUAUUUGUCUACUCUACUGUUGUUUUGAUCAUGCAUCAUCAAUUGAAAUUCACAGUACUAACGUUUAUCGUGGAAUGACUUUAUCACCGUCUAUGAUAGAAGAUUAUAAAACAGCUGCCGAACACGGAGGUUCAUAUCGAUGGGCUGCUUUUAGUUCCACAAGCAAGAACCCAAUUGUAGCUGAUUGGUUUGGUAAUAAUACGCUUUUUAUUAUGCAUUUAAGAAAGGUAUACCAAAAACGAAAGAAAGCUAUUGAUAUCAGUCAUUGGUCACAAUUCCCUGACGAAGAAGAAGUACUAUUGAAACCCGGUGUUGAAUACACAGUCGUAAAAGUUGAAUGUAAUGAGGAAAACAAGAAGCAUUAUAUUUACCUUAAUGUUUAUGUUUAA